CAUCCCCAUCACCACCGCGCACCUCGCGAGCAAAACGACAAGAUGGAAGAGGAAGAUGUCAACGCCGUAAAGAUUUCCAACGAGGAGUACAAGAUCUGGAAAAAGAACUCUCCUUUCCUAUACGAUCUUGUCGUCACAAAUGCGCUCGAGUGGCCCACCUUGACUGUCCAAUGGUUCCCUGAUCGCGAGAGGCCCGCUGGAAAGAACUACGAGCAGCACAGGCUGCUGCUCGGGACGCACACAUCGGGACAGGACCAGAACUACUUGCAGAUUGCGCAUGUACAGCUGCCGACCACAGCAGAAGGCGAAGAGGCCGAGCUGGAUACGACAAAGUACGACGAGGACAAAGGAGAGAUCGGGACAUACGGGGGCUUCACGCCAAAAGUGACUAUCCACCAAAAGAUUAACCACGACGGCGAGGUCAAUCGCGCUCGCUACUGUCCUCAGAACCCCGACCUGAUCGCGACAAGGACUGUCCUGGGCCCGACAUAUAUCUUUGACCGAACAAAACAUAGUCUGCAGCCAAGUCCGGAUGGAAAGUGCAAGCCAGACAUCAUUUUGGCUGGGCAAGAAAAGGAAGGAUACGGGCUCUCGUGGAACCCCCUCAAGCAGGGACAUAUUCUGGCCUCUUCGGACGAUGAGACAGUGUGCUACUGGGACAUUUCGGCGUACAAAAAGGGCGAGACAACGAUGGACCCAGUGACUACUUACCAUGGCCAUUCGUCUGUCGUCGAGGAUGUGGCCUGGCACAAUCUGAAAGAAACGCUCUUCGCCAGCGUCGGUGAUGACAGGAGCAUGCUGGUCUGGGACACCCGCGACAAGGGAAGCUCUCCAAAGCAGAGGGUUGAGAAUGCCCAUGCGAGUGAGAUCAAUGCUGUCCUAUUCAGCCCUGCGAACGAGCAUAUCAUCUGCACAGGGUCCAGCGAUAAGACCCUGGGAUUGUGGGAUCUUCGAAACCUCAAGACCAAGCUGCACUCACUGGAAGCGCACACAGAUGAGGUCCUUCAGCUCGCUUGGUCGCCGCACAACGAGACGAUCGUCGCGAGUGCAGCAGCGGAUCGACGAGUUAUGAUGUGGGACCUGUCGAGAAUCGGCGAAGAGCAGACACCAGAAGACGCCGAGGAUGGCCCGCCGGAGCUUCUCUUCGUCCAUGGCGGCCACACGGCUCGCACAACGGACAUCUCAUGGUCGCCCCACGCCGAAUGGCACAUGGCCACAGCGGCAGAAGACAACGUCCUUCAAGUCUUCAAGCCCAGCGCCACAGCCCUCGGUGACGACGGAGGCGACGUGCCCGAAGGGGAGCUCGAGUAGAGGAACUGUAGAAUAGGCGAAAAGAGAAUUAUUUUUUGUGCGCGCA